UUGAAAUAUUCUAGUCACCCAGCAGUUUACUGUACACAAGAGAAAGUCCUUGCACAGUUUUUUGCUAGUUUCCUAAAAUGUUGGCAGCAAAAGCCUGGAUCCAAGGAUGCAUCCUGCUGGUGUUACUGACAUUAUGUGGACAAACUGCUGACUGCCAAAGUCAAUACAGAGACUCUGCAAAUCAUGAAGAACUGAGAAUCAUCCUGGUUGGUAAAACAGGAUCAGGAAAGAGUGCGUCUGGAAACACCAUUCUGGGGGAUUCAACUGCUUUCAAAGAGGGCAUGUCACCUGAGUCUGUUACUGACGGCUGUCUCAGAAAAGAGGUAGAAAAAGGUGGAAGAAAAUUUGUUGUGAUUGACACUCCAGGGCUGUUUGACACAAGCAAAACACAAGAUGAAGUGAAAGUAAAAAUUGAAGAGUGCAUUGAACAGUCAGUUCCUGGACCGCAUGCUUUCCUUUUAGUCAUCAGCCUGAAGUCAAGGUUCACACAAGAGGAACAGGAUGCUGUCACAUGGAUUGAAGAAAACUUUGGUUCAGAUGCUUCCCUAUACACCAUAGUUCUGUUUACACAUGGUGACCUGCUGCAGGAUAAAUCAGUGGAAGACUAUGUAAAAGAAAGUAAACAUCUACAAAGACUGAUAAACCAGUGUGGAGGAAGGUACUAUUCACUCAUCAAUAAUCAGAAAGAAAGCAGAAAACAGGUCAAAAAUCUUCUAGAUAAAAUAGAGGAAAUGGUGGAAUUGAAUGGAGGAAGUCACUACACCAAUGAGAUGUAUGACACAGCCCAGAAGAGGCUUGAAGAAAAAAGCAAAAAGAGUAGGAGAGAGGAAGAGCAAAGAAAAAGGGAAGAAGAGGAGAGGAUCAAAUUAAACGAGUGGUGUAAAAUGCUUGGUAUCGCUUCCGUGGGAUUAUUGGGUGCAGGAGCAUACUUUUCAUCAUAUGCUCUCAUGGGAAUAGGGGGAGCACUUGGAUAUUCUCAGUUAAAUUGCACAAUGGGAAUGUUUACUUAAGUGUGGGAGAUAGGACCACUAAACCUACACCACUCCUCCAGCAAAGAAAAAAAUAAGUCAGGCAUCCAGUGAUGGUUGUACUUUUUUGUUAUAUAAUAGUGUGGUGCGAUUUCUGACCAAUCACUUGGCAGGGUUUUCUGUUACAUAAAACUGACUACUUAAAAAAACAAAUACUUUGUAGUCUGUUCAUAUAGCAUAUUUAUUUUACUCUACUGAGUCAUUUAUAUGAUCCUCAGUAUGACUCAACUUCUAUCAUCCUCUGUCAUAUAGACAGAGGAACUUGGAAAUUUAAAAAAAGACCCAGAAGUGAGUUUAGAAAUAGUUGAACUACUACCUUUUUAAUUUCAAAAUAAAAUGAAAAUGUGCAUGCUUUCUCUGUUAGGGGCAGGGGUUUGUUUAUUCAAAGGUUUCUCAGUGUAUAAUUUUGCAACAAUAAAAUAAAUGUUUAAAUUAUAAUGGCUGGUUUUCAUUUUCAUACUUAGCCUCUUCAGUAAUUCAUUCCUCAUUGGUUUAAGUAGUGUUUUUCAGUGAAAUUAAUGUGUCGUGAAAGAAGCUGCUGACCUAACAGCUACUGCACACCCGAGGAAUCAGUUGGACGGGUACUUUCAAAAUAAAACAUUUAAAUAUUUUGAUAGAUGAACGAUUCCUGCACUGCAAUGGAAUUCAACAGUUGAUUCAAAACUGGUGAAGCUACAGCUGAUACAAACCUAUCACCUUCCUGCUGCUGCUGCUUCAUAUUAAAAGCUUCACAGCGCCAAACAAGCUGGAGGCUUUUUUGUGAAGUGCGGACAGAACUCGUUAGGAACUUUUGCAAACGUGGUGGAAAUUAACAGAGGUAUGUGGCAACCUGCCGAAACACUUGUUUUAUAACGUCUCUACACCAUUGAGUUAAAAGUGCCUGGUGUUAUGUUCGUAAGGCUCCUGGCUGUGUUGCACAGCUCUUAGAAAUAGAUGUACGUCGUCUUUAGUGGUAACACCAUUAACCUUGGCGUAGCAUUUAGUCCGGAUCACUUAGCUCUACUUAGUUCAUCAGCUUGUGUGCCCUGCGCACAAUCUCCAUUAGGGGAGGAACAAGGUGUUUAAUGUUUUGUCAACUGAUAGCAGUAAUAGUAUUUGUAGAAUAUCAAUUGAAUAACAGUUCAGACUGCCAGCUUUGUACAUUGGGCGAUUGGUGCACGCGCAUUUAAAGUUCUGUAAGUGAGCGAAGGGGGCGUUACUUGUUUUUUUCAAACAUUUAUCCGAUCCGUGAAGCUCACCUUAAUAAAUUUUGCGUAAAUAGUCACUAUUAAUUUAGGUUCGGAGGGAAGCAUUUGUUGAAUAAUUUUACGUAUUGUGAAAUUGCUUCAUAUUUGUGUAUGUAGAUAAAAUAGAGGAAAUGGUGGAAUUGAAUGGAGGAAGUCACUACACCAAUGAGAUGUAUGAGACAGCCCAGAAGAGGCUUGAAGAA